CGCGGCGCGGCGGCGGCGGUGGGGGUCGCGGCCGGGGCGGGGACCGGGGACCCGGCAUGGCGCUGCGGAGGGGCGGCGGCAGCGGCGGCGGUGCUCCGGGGCUGCUGCUGCUGCUGGGCGCCGCGUGCCUGAUCCCGCCGAGCGCGCAGGUGAGGCGGCUGGCGCGCUGCCCUGCCACUUGCAGCUGUACGAAGGAGUCUAUCAUCUGCGUGGGCUCUUCCUGGGUGCCCAGGAUCGUGCCGGGCGACAUCAGCUCCUUGAGCCUGGUAAAUGGCACGUUCUCAGAAAUCAAAGACCGAAUGUUUUCCCACCUGCCUUCCCUGCAGCUGCUAUUGCUGAAUUCUAACUCAUUCACAGUCAUCCGGGAUGAUGCUUUUGCUGGACUUUUCCACCUUGAAUACCUGUUCAUUGAAGGGAACAAAAUAGAAACCAUUUCCAGAAAUGCCUUUCGUGGCCUUCGUGACCUGACUCACCUUUCUUUGGCCAAUAACCACAUAAAAGCACUCCCGAGGGAUGUCUUCAGUGAUUUAGACUCUCUGAUUGAACUAGAUUUAAGGGGCAAUAAGUUCGAAUGUGACUGCAAAGCCAAGUGGUUGUAUCUGUGGUUGAAGAUGACAAAUUCCACCGUGUCUGAUGUCCUGUGUAUCGGUCCACCGGAAUAUCAGGAAAAGAAGCUGAAUGACGUGACCAGCUUCGACUAUGAAUGCACAACUACAGAUUUUGUUGUUCAUCAGACUUUGCCCUACCAGUCGGUUUCGGUGGAUACGUUCAACUCCAAGAAUGAUGUGUACGUGGCCAUCGCUCAACCCAGCAUGGAGAACUGCAUGGUGCUGGAGUGGGACCACAUCGAGAUGAAUUUCCGGAGCUAUGACAAUAUUACAGGUCAGUCCAUCGUGGGCUGUAAGGCCAUCCUCAUCGACGACCAGGUCUUCGUGGUGGUGGCCCAGCUCUUUGGUGGCUCUCACAUUUACAGAUACGAUGAGAGCUGGACCAAGUUUGUCAAAUUCCAAGACAUAGAAGUCUCCCGCAUCUCCAAGCCCAACGACAUCGAGCUGUUUCAGAUCGAGGACGAGACAUUCUUUGUCAUCGCCGACAGCUCCAAAGCCGGCCUGUCCACCGUUUAUAAGUGGAACAGCAAAGGCUUCUACUCAUACCAGUCGCUGCACGAGUGGUUCCGGGACACAGAUGCGGAGUUUGUGGACAUAGAUGGAAAGUCACACCUGAUCCUGUCCAGCCGCUCCCAGGUCCCCAUCAUCCUCCAGUGGAAUAAGAGCUCUAAGAAGUUUGUCCCCCAUAGUGACAUCCCCAACAUGGAGGACGUGCUGGCCGUGAAGAGCUUUAGGAUGCAGAACACCCUCUACCUUUCCCUCACCCGCUUCAUCGGGGACUCCAGGGUCAUGAGGUGGAACAGUAAACAGUUUGUGGAGAUCCAGGCUCUUCCGUCCCGGGGGGCCAUGACCCUGCAGCCCUUUUCCUUUAAAGAUAAUCACUACCUGGCCCUGGGGAGUGACUAUACGUUCUCCCAGAUCUACCAGUGGGAUAAAGAGAAACAGCUCUUCAAAAAAUUUAAGGAGAUUUAUGUGCAGGCGCCUCGUUCCUUCACAGCCGUCUCCACUGACAGGAGAGAUUUCUUUUUCGCAUCCAGUUUCAAAGGGAAAACAAAGAUUUUUGAACACAUAGUGGUUGACUUAAGUUUGUGAAGGUGUGCUUGGUGAAUUUAAAAGACACGCAGCUUUACCUUUUAAAAGAGAGGACCGAGGUGGGGUGGGGCGGGGUAGGGGGAGAAAAAAGAAGCCAGGUUCACAGUGCUGACGUUAAAAAUGCACUGGGGAAGUAGUUAGAGGUUUUCAAACUUUUAGAACUCAUGUUUUAAUCAGGGAUUGCAUUUGUUGGCUAACUGCAUGACACAUCCAUUCUGCCACAUAAAAAGUCAUCUUAAAACCUGUAAUUGCUAAGAGCACAGCAUUGACUCUUACCAUCUAGGGAAGUAACGUGCUUUUAUUUUUUUUUUCUUUUAAUGAGGAAGAAGAAAAUCGGAUAAGAUAGGAUAGCUCUUAUGAUGAAAUGAUAAUAAUAAAAAAAGA